AGCCAAUCAUGAGUUGGGUGUUGAUGGGACAUUUCUCUCAAAGACAGCCCUGUCCAGAUAACAGUAGGCUGCAAGUGUUUCAUUACAUCGGCUCUGCACUCAGCUGAGGCCCACCCGCGUCCCCCUGUCCUGUCCUCUCCUCUCCGCUCCCAGCCAGCCAUGGCUCUCCUGUCCGUCCUCACGCCUGUCCUGGCGGUGGUCCUGUGCCUGGUGAUCGGCUUCAUGCUGGUGAAAUCGCGGGAAACGGAGACCGCCUCGACCGCCUCGCGGGAAAAAUCUACAGCAGCGUCAAAAACGGACUACAGACCCUGGGUGGACCAGGACCUACAGGACGAUACAGAAACCAGAGAAAGAGAAGGCGAGGAUGCUGAUUGGGUGGACCACAACGAGGAGGAAGACCUUCCACAUGUACCCUACUCACCCCCACGUUACCCUGAGGAGACGAUGCUGGAGAGAUCCAAGGAUUUGUAUAAUCUGUUGAACCAGCGGAGGUCUGUCCGAUUCAUCAGCCCAGAGCCGGUCCCGCGUGAAGUCAUCGACAAUGUCAUCCGCACUGCAGGCACGGCCCCAAGUGGAGCACACACAGAGCCCUGGACGUUCGUCGUGGUGUCAGACCCAGAGACGAAGCACCAGAUCAGACAGAUAGUGGAGGAAGAGGAGGAGGUCAACUACCGUCAGAGGAUGGGGGACAAGUGGGUCAAUGAUUUGGCCAGAUUACGGACAAACUGGAUUAAGGAGUACUUGGAUGUUGCUCCAUAUCUGGUCCUCAUCUUCAAACAAACCUACGGGAUGCUACCAAACGGCAAGAAGAAGACACAUUACUACAAUGAAAUCAGUGUAUCCAUAUCCUGUGGAAUCCUGUUGGCUGCAUUACAGAACGUGGGCCUUGUUACUGUCACAUCGACGCCCCUGAACUGCGGCCCCCAGCUCCGGCUCCUCCUCAAACGGCCAGCCAAUGAGAAGCUGCUGAUGUUACUUCCUGUGGGUUAUCCUGCUUCUGACGCCACAGUGCCUGACUUGAAACGCAAGCCCCUGGAGGAGAUUAUAGUGCACAUAUGACAGAAUCAAUCUGCAGAGAAAAUAAAUGCAAAAAGUUUAAAACACUUUACAUCAUCUUCUUUGCCUGCAGCUCAAAAAUCAACAAAACAUAUACCUAAUGUGACGUAGAAAUGUUGUGCUAAAGCUAUUGGUUGAAAGUAAGCCUAUGCAGAGAAGGAACCAAGAGCAAAGCACCUUCACAGCCACGUUCAUGUGUGUAACUCAUUAGAUAGAUCUCUUCAGAAACUGCAAAAUAAACCCCUGACUGACAAGCGUAGAUCAAUAUGCAAUUUAUUUUAAAAGCCCUUCUAUUUAAUUCUGCUAUAUCUAAUAGACAGUUAAUCAAUAGAUAAAUAAACAGCCAGACCUGCAGAUUUUUCUAUCUAGAACUACAAAUUUAAUGCAAACACCAAUCAUUUAAUAAAGGUAAUUUAAUCUUAAUUAUUUUACACCAUUAACGUUUACAGAAAUAGAGCUAAACCUUGUACACGAUUACAUAGGAUGAGAUCUUACUUACAUUGUGGAGUAAUGGUCACUUGUACAAAUGUUAACUCAAUCAAACAAGCACAAUGUGCCAACAUCUAAAGGUCAACCACACUGACCACAACAGCAACUCUUAUUGAGAUCUGGUUUCCGGCACUACUGCCAGGAAUAAAGUACAAUCUAUUUUGCUUUUGCUUUGGAAUUGCCUGUGUAAUUAAUAAAACUAAUUUAAAAAGUUA